AUGUCUUACAGUAAACGUAAAUUGGAUGUUAUUGAAUCUGAAGUUGAUAAAAUUGAAUUGACAAAAGAAAAACGUUCAAAAAUCGAUUCGACUACAAAUGAUUUUCUUCGUUUAAAUGAUACAGAUUUUAUUGAAACUGAUUAUCAAGCUGCAUUUCAAACAAUUGCUAAUAGAUUAAUUAAUUCAUAUGAAUUAGUUUUAAAUGAACAACAUUUUUUUCGUUUAUGUGAAAUUGAAUUUUAUUUUUAUCAACAAAUUCGUCAUCCUGAUACAUUUGCUCAUCGUCAUCCUUUACAACAACAUCAUUCAAAUUGGUAUUUUCAUCGACAAGGUACAUCAUUAACAGCUGGUUAUAAAGCUGGAAGUUAUAAAGGUUUAGAUCUAACAUUUAGUUCAUUAAAUGAUUUAUCAUAUGGUGGUAUUCUUAUUCGAUCAAUAGAAAAUAAACAAACAGGUCAAAUAUAUGAAGGAAGUUGUUUAGUUGUUGAUGCUAUAUUAAAUUUAUGUAAUAGUAAAACAAUAAAUGAACUUGUUGAAACAAAAUUAAAUAAAAAUUUAGAUAUAUUUAAUAAAAAUUCACAUAUUUAUUUACGUUCAAUUUCAACAAUAACAAAUCAAAAACUUAUUUCAUCACCACGUGUUGGUUUAACAUUAAAAAAUCCAUCAAUUGAUCGUGAACGAUUUUUAUUUCGUUCAUAUCGUUUUACACCAAAAGAUUAUUAUCCAUCAAAAAUGAAAUUUAUGAUUUUAUUAGCAUUAACAGCUGAAAAAUAUU